ACUACUUAUCAAAUUUGAUGUUCGAGAACACCGGCCAAUUGUUGAUUUUUAUGAAAGUGGAUGAGAAACAAAAGUUGCGACCUCCGAGCGAUGUCGAUGAAAAUGCAGAGAUGUUGACUUUAAAUUUUAUCAACAGAUUUUAUCAACAAGGAUUAUGCGAUUAUAGUGUUUUUCAAGUCGUGCUUUAAGCAUUUCACGUAUUGGAUGGGGAGAGGGAUGCACAACAAAGGUGAAAAAGUAAAGUUGUAAAACACUAGACGUCUAGCAUUAGCCUGGAGAGAUGCAAUGAGAAUACACGAUUACAGUGUGGCUACCACGAGACAUAUUGAGACAUACACGAGACAAUGUUUGAAAAGCUAGGAUUGUGGGAUGAAGGAAGACAAGGUGAUGAUUCGGUUGUCGAGGCGAAAAUAAACGAAACAAAGGACUUGAACAUAAAAAUGCAAAAAAAGUACGGAUUUUUCCUUGCACAGCUUAAUAAGACAGCAUAUUCAAUCCAAAGUGGGAAGGGAAACUUUUCAGGUAAAGGUGAGACUGACUCUAAGUCAGUAUCCAAAUUGCUGCUUGGGGUUGAUAUAAGUCACUAUGAGAGUGAACUCAAUGCCUCUAAUUGUGGAAUAGAUGCUGCUAGUUUGCAUAUUCUUUCGGGGUUGAGCUCAGAUGCUGUGUACGCCAUAAACAAAGCACAUGAUACUAUUUUAGAGCCUAGAGUUCAUGAGAAGCAGAAUAUGAGCUUGAAUAAUUUCACUGGGGGCAAAACAAGUGCAGAGAAAAACAAAUGCUCAGGCUACCAAUCCGGAGGAGGUUUGAUCAGGCCAACUACAAUGUUUAACUUGGCUGCUACUGCGCCAUGUAAGGGAGCUUCAGAUUUGAAAGAAGUUGCGGGCAAGCAUAUGAAAUCACUUAGAAAUGAAAACACCAGUAGAAGUGACACAGCCAGCUCCCCAUCCAUUUGCACCCCUUCGGCAAUCUAUAAGCAACUUUUGGCCAAUUCUUCUAUGUGUCUCCAACCUGCUGCAGCUGAUUCAGGAGACAGGGAAGUAGUUCUUCCUAGCAACAGCUCUCAUGUGAAUACUAAAGGUGCAACGUUUGUUGAUUCAGGCCAAUCCCCUAGGCCAACAACUUCUAAGAGACUCACAAACCAGUUCAAACCAUAUGGAGUUCUCAAUGUACAAGCUCUACCUUUCCAACCAGCUUUUAAAGGUUUAAGACACACUAAUGUUGGUCAAAGCAACCAAACAAGUGAAGCUGAACUCAUUAAGGAUACUGAGGAAGGGAUACAGACUCAGAAGAGGGGAGAACGAGGGGAAUUACACGAGAAUAGAGCAGCGGCUCUAGCCGCUGCUAUCUACGCACGAAGGCGGAAGUCGGCGGCGGCACCUCCAGCGAGCGGAUGGGAAGAAACGCAAUGCUCAGAGAUGGGCAAAGCAGAAGAUAGUGACCCACUGCCGGAAGACGACAUUCAUGAACACACAUAUUUAGAAUAGGAGGCUAUUCUCAAGAGUAACAAAU